AUGGAACUAAAUUUAUGCAGAAUUUGUCAACAGUUUUAUGGAAGCCAGGAAGGACUCUGCUCAAAAUGCUAUCAAGUAGAAAAACUAAAACAGUCAGCUAGUGAAACUUUGCCGUCACUGGUGGAUUCAUUGUCAGUGAUCUCUGAAGAAUCCAAAAAUUCGCAUUCACAGUCAAAUCCUGAAAUCUGUUAUUAUUGCCACAAAAGGACUGGACCUUUAUCAUUCAAAUGCCGAUGCGAUAACUUUUUCUGCUCAAGGCACCGGCUUCCUGAAGAGCAUUUAUGUUCUUUUGACCAUAAGACUCAAGGUAUCAGAAAGCUCUCUGAAGAAAAUCCACUCAUAAAAGCUGAAAAAUUUACUCGACUAUAA